CCUGUACGGAAGAAGAAGAACAAAUCGUUCCUUGUUUGAUUCAAGCUGGCUGCAAGUCUGUGGGUCGGUAAUGGGUGAGGGUUCCCCCCCAUAGACAGAUUUUUGAAGCAGUAGAAGCAAGCUCAGAUUCUCCACCUCUCAUGUGCUGUUUGCUCCUCUGAGGCCAUGGAGUCCAACGACUCCAGUCUCUUGGACGGUCUCUUUGAGGGGCAGGAAGAACAGGUCCCCGGCGGUGCCUUCUCUGCAGCAGAGCCCAAACUCAGCUUCUUGCUUCAAGACCACGCUUACGGAUGUGUUCCAGAGAAAACGUAUGAAGCCUGGGCACCCAGCGGGGCACAGGGUCCUCCAAACGACAGUGAGACAGAAGAUCUCUUACAGUUCCUGAUCAACCCAAACGACAUUUAUGAUUUGAGGAGUCCCGUUACCUCCCCAGAGAGCGACAGCGGGAUCUCUGAUGAUCCCCAUGUGGACGCACCCCGGCGAAACGAGCUCAGCCCCACAGACCUGUCCCCUGACGUCAUUUAUGAGGUUAUCUGUGACACGGGCACAGCGGAGGAGGCGACAGAGCCUGCUCAUGUCUUCUCUAAACCCUUAGGGAACCAGACAUCUCUGUCGAUACUCCCUGAGGCCUGUGUUGUGAGCGAGGGGUCACUGGCCUUCUUGGAGAACGGGAUCAGAUUCCACAUGGCAGACAUUCCCAGGGUUCAGGAUUCUUUCGUUCAGCUGCCCCUCCCAGGCCUGUACUUGACAGAGGAAGAGAGACACCUCCUUGGCCAGGAAGGGGUCUUGGUGCACAGAAACCUCCCCCUCACCAAGACGGAGGAACGGAUCCUGAAGAAAGUGCGGAGGAAAAUUCGGAACAAACAGUCGGCACAGGACAGCCGACGACGCAAGAAGGAAUACAUUGACGGGCUGGAGAGCCGGGUGGCAGCCUGUUCGGUGCAGAACCAGGAACUGAGGAAGAAAGUGCAGGAACUGGAGACGCACAAUGUGUCCCUGCUGGGUCAGCUUCAGAAACUGCAAGGACUCAUCAAACAAACCUCCACUAAGGCAGCCCAGACCAGCAUCUGCCUCGUGAUCCUCAUGUUCUCCCUGGGACUUCUCAUCCUGCCCAGUUUCAGCUCGCUUCUCGGUGGGACUCAGAUUAGCCGGGAUGGCUACAAACCCGCUGGAGUGAUAUCCCGACACAUCCUGAACAAAGGAGGGUUGUCUGAUCCAGAGGAGCCCAUCAGCGCCAACAACCCAGAACUGCCUCGCACUCAAAUGGAGCAGCUGCAGGAUGGCCCUGCCGCCAGCGAUGGGGAGCGAGCCACCGUUGAUAACUCCGAAGCAGCUGAGGAGAGGGUUAUUUCAAACACGUCUGAUCCAGGGUCACUGGGGGACUCCCAAGCAGAACCAAAAGAAGGUUUGUUGGCUGACUCGAUAAGGCCCAAGCCAGGGCAAGACCCAACCAAGCAAAUGCACACGGAUGAGAUGUAACAAACGAGGGACUGGUCCUACCAGACAGAAGCCACAGUUUGAAUCCAUAUUGGCAGAUCCUUGGCAUCCUUCCUUCUCCUCCGGGGCGCAGUCUCCUUGUUUCGUGACAGAGCCUCUAGGCCGAUGCACGCAGCCAGAGAUCUCUGACAAGAGAAAGGAACACGGAGGCUUCCUGGUUGUUCUAGGGAUGCUAGCAUCAGGGCUUUUUGGUGUGCAUCAGAGAGCAUCAGUUGAGCCCCGGAACACGAGGGGGCAGUAAUCAAGGGCAGUGCUGAGCAUGCGCAGAGUGUAUUUUUCCUCGCACUGCCAUGUGACUGCAACAAGCACAGGUGUGGGAUUAGGGAACUGGCUAGCAGAACUUAUAGAGUGAGGUUUACAAGCAGCUGUGAGCCCCCAGCACCUUUUCUCUCUCUCUUAAUUAAACACUGGAGAUUUGGAGGCUGUUGUCUCAAGACGGCUGGGGCUGGGGGAAGAGGGUCACAGCGUUCUGCUUUUGGUUUUGGCUAGUUUCUUAUGCCUUUCAACCAGGGGCAGGGGGGGGUGACUGUUUUCAGCCCAAGGGCCACAUUCCCUAGUGGGUAGUUCUCCAGGGACCACAUGCCAGUGGAGGAUGGGGUAAGAGGUCAAAGUGGGUGGAGCAGUGGAUAGGAUUAUUUCCUUUGUCUGGUCAGCUAUGUACCAGCCAUGGAAAAAUCGGAGGUUUAUGCACACACACCUCUCUCAGACAAGCAAGCAAGAGGCAUCGGGGCAGUUCAAGAACAUAUUCUAGCUGGGCAAAAGCACUCAGGAAGAAUAUGGAACAGGACUGGCAGACAGCAUGGCCUGGAGAGACCUGCAAGAGCUAGACAGAGAGCAGGAGGACGUUUGGCCCUUGAGAUUCCCCACCCUGCUUUGAACUGUGGCUGAGUCCUGGAAGGUGUGAAGAACUAAAGGAGGGUGCCCCUGAGCACAGGCAGAGUGCAUUUCCUGCUCUCUUUCCAAUCACUGCCAUCUCCCUCGCUCGCUGUCAUUCCUCCCUGCACCUUUAACUGUGGCUGAACCCUGGAAUAAUGAAAGGCUCCUCAGACUUCCACGUGCCAUGCGCAUGCGCCAUAGGCAGAAGCUCCACAGGGGCAGCUUCCCCCUCCAUGGAGUUGGCGUGACGGGGAAACAUGUUAACCUGAUGAAUUUCUGCCACCAACAGCCCAACAUAGCCUCUGGUAGGGACAAGGUGGAAACACAUUGGCGUGGAGGGCAGGAAAGCCUUCUGCACAUGCUCAGAGUCUAUAUUAUUAUUAGCAGUAAUUAUUAUUAUUAUUAACAACAAAACAAUAGCAAUAUUAAUACUAAAUACUACUACUACUACUACUAAUAAUAAUAAUUUUGCUUAUUCUGGAGAUGAGUCCUUCCUCCAGUUGAUUCCUGAGUUCCUUUCGCCCCAGGGUCUAGCCCCUGGUGUGUCAUUUAUUUUUCCGGCACUGAUGCCAGAAAAGAUUAAAAGACUUUCUAUAGGGGGGGGAAACACCACACAACUCAGCGCUGAUUACCAGGGAGGAGAACGGGUGGGUGAAAGAGGAUGGCAGACGGAGACUGCGUCAAAGAUGAAGUCAUAUCCCAGGAGACCAUCGCCAAAGGCACUCAAAAGGAUGUAACUGGAAGCGCUGAGAUACAACCUCUGAUUUGAUUUGAUUUUUUUGAAGGCAGGGAGGCAUACAAGGCCGGCUUCAUCAAGCUGUGCCCCUCUCUUGGAUGAGCUCAUCCCUCAUGGGUCAACAAAAUGCAGGUCAUUGAUCCAUCUGGGGAGCCCAUGCGACUCUCUGGCAUGCCACUGAGUGCAGGGUUGGAGAAAUCUCAGGACUGGGGGCCAAAAGCACCUUGAAUGUUUGGACUCAAGCCCAGAGCGGAUGCACUGCCCUCAGAGCCGCCACUGGCCUGACUUCACCCCCUCCUUCAGUUGUUUUUUCGCCUGGCUGCGAUGUGACCUUGACCUCUGAUCCUGCCUCUUGGGUGCCUGGAUGGGGGCUAGGUGAGUGUGCGUAGAAACUAGCCUACUGUAACAUUUGUCACUCUGCCCACUCUUCCCCCGUCCCCGCCCACCACUGGCAUGUGGCCCUCGAAAGGUUGUGCAGGAAGGAAUGCGGCCCUUGGGGUGAAAAAGGUUCCCCAACCCUCCCUUCUGGUCUGCUGGGGGCUCAGCUGAGCUACGCAGGUCUUGUCCGGAUCCUGGAAAGCAGGGCUGUGGAGUCGGUACGCCAAACCUUCGACUCUGACUCCUCUAUUUUUCUACUGUCCGACUCCACCCAAAAUUGCUUCCAACUCCACAGCCCUGGAAAGGAGCAUUUUUAUCGCUGCUUGAAUAUGUGCUGAUCUUGACAUCACAGCACUUAUCUUCAUCUGGGUCUUGUGUCAUACACUGACACACAAAAUGUUUUCCAUCUUGCGUUAUGGUGAAAUGCUCAACCACAGCUGUCUUCAUGGGAAGCUUCUUUGACAUUUUGAAUUUAUAUUUUAAAAAAUUUGUCAAUCAGAAUUUAUUUUGAAGACGGAGUUGGAGUCGGUACAUUUCUACCGACUCCGACUCCACCCAAAAUUGCUUCCAACUCCGACUCCGACUCCAUGACUCCGACUCCACAGCCCUGCUGGAAAGCCCCUGCUGGAUCAGACCAAGAAGGGUCUAUGCCACCCACAACAAGACACUCCUGAGAAGGGCAGAAGCCCUGGCCACCUGGUCCAAGUUGGGCCGUAAGGUGGAGACAGAGGGAGAUGAAGUUCUGGCCCUCAAUGAGCCAAAAAGGUUCCCCACCCUUGUGCAAUAUACCCUUCACAGCACAGACUCCCACACGCUUCCCAGGGCCCCCAGUCUGCUCAUACUGAAUGCACUUGCUCCUGUUAAGAAUGGUAGAGCUGGAAGGAACCUUAGAGAUCAUCCAGCCCAACCCACUACUCAGUACAGGAUCUGCCAUGCAGGACUCUUGUCAUUACAGCACCCACCACAGGCAGGAGUUUUCCAGCCUCAGCUUAAAGUAUCUCCAGCAAAGGAGAGUCCACCGCCCCCAUUCCACUGUCAAGUAGUUCUAACUGUGAGGAAGUUUCUCCGAAUGUUUACCCGAAAUCCGCCUCGCUGCCAUUUCCACCUGUUGGUUCCAGUCCUGCUCUCCGGAGCAAUAAGAGUGCAUGCUUGCGCCAUCUUCCUCUUGACAGCCUUCCACGUGCCUUUCUUUUCCCAUUUUCAACCUGCCUUCUGUUUAAAGGCACAAGAGCAGGACUGGAUUGUUUAAUUUUUAUUUUUGGACGCUCCAAGAAGGAACAUUGCCAAACUCUGUGUCAGCCCCUCCUCCUCUGCCCUUAACAGCAGGCCGUUCAGCAGUCUUCAAGGAGACCUGAAUUGAUCGCCGCGCCCGCAAAGAGCUUCACCCUGCUAACAACAGAAGAGCAAACCAGGGUUUAUUUCCCAGUCAGUUGGCAACUCCACAAAGAAGCAGCCAUGAUGUCGUCGUCUUUAUUUAAAUAAAACUGGGAGGGCGUG